GAGCUUCCCGGGCCAGACGCUGCUGCUGCUGCCGCCUCCAUUGUCUGGGAGCUGGGAGUGGGACCGAGCAGCGGGCGGCUGCAGCGGGGUCUCUCCCCGAGCCGGAGCCUGCAGAGACCCGAGGGACCGCGCUGGGGCCGGGAGGGAAAACAGCGCUGGGAGAUCUCUGGGGUCCUGGAGAAAAGCUCCAGCCUGGGGCACAGGAAGCUGGGUCCCCGCUGCAUGUCCCCCUCGGGAGAAGAGUGGCUGAAAAAUAACGGCUGCAGAAUAACGUCCAUGUUUUGAUCCAGAUUGUCCCAUCCUCCCAGGGGACAGGGCAGGGAAAUGGCUGAAGUGGAACAAGCUCAGGGGCCGGUGACCUUUGAGGAGGUGGCUGUGUAUUUCACGGAGGAGGAGUGGGCUCUGCUGGACCUAUGUCAGAGAAACCUCUACAUGGAUGUGAUGCAGGAGAAUUAUGAGAAUGUGACCUCGCUGGGAUUUCCCAUUCCCAAACUUGAGGUGAUCUCCCAGCUGGAACAAGGGGAAGAACUGUGGGUCCCAGAGCUAUGGGGCUGCGUGGAAAAGGAGAUCCUGAGAAACCCCAGCCCAGCAGGUGAUGGGUUGGUGGGUGAGAAUGAGGAGAAGAAUCCUGAACAGGAAGAUCCGGAGCAAGUACAACCACAGGGGACUGUACUGGGAAGAUCUGAAGGCCAUGUUUCCCAGAGUCUGGAGCAGGGGAAUACCUGUGAGGGUCUGCGCAGACCAGAGAGGCUGCAGGGAGACUACCAAGGGGAGAGACAGAGUAAAUCCACUCUCCGAGAUGGAAGUUUGAAUAACCUGAAUGAAACUGUGAUCCACCCAAGGAUCUACAUGGAAGAGAAACUGUAUGAAGAUGCUGGAUGCAGGAAAACUUUCAGUGGGAGUCCAAACCUGAUUGUACAUCGAAGAAUCCACAAUGGAGAGAAAAUCUAUAAAUGCCUUGAGUGUGGGAAAAGCUUCAGUCGUAGCUCAAACCUCAUUGCGCAUCAGAGAGUCCAUACAGGAGAGAGACCCUAUAAAUGCCCAGAAUGUGGGAAAAGCUUCAGCCGCGGUUCAAACCUCAUUGCACAUCAGAGCAUCCAUACGGGAGAGAGACCCUAUAAAUGCCCUGAAUGUGAGAAAAGCUUCAGCCGCAGCUCAAACCUCAUAGUACAUCAGAGUGUCCAUACAGGAGAAAGACCCUAUAAAUGCCCCGAGUGUGGGAAAAGCUUCAGUUGUAGCUCACAUCUCAUUGUACAUCAGAGAGUCCAUACAGGAGAGAGACCCUAUAAAUGCCUCGACUGUGGGACAAGCUUCAGUUGUAGCUCACAUCUCAUUGCACAUGAGAGAGUCCAUACCGGGGAGAGACCCUAUAAAUGUCUUGAAUGUGGGAAGAGCUUCAGUUGUAGCUCACACCUCAUUGCACAUCUGAAUGUCCAUACAGGACAGAGACCCUAUAGAUGCCUCAACUGUGGGAAAAGCUUCAGUGGUAGCUCAAACCUCAUUGCACAUCAGAGAGUCCAUACUGGAGAGAGACCCUAUAAAUGCCCCAAGUGUGGGAAAAGCUUCAGUCGUAGCUCACAUCUCAUUACACAUCAGAAAGUGCACAUGGGAGAGAGACCCUAUAGUUGCCUUGGCUGUUGGUAAAGCUUCAGUUACAGCUCAGUCCCUAUUAAACAUCUGAGAACUGACACUCUAGGGAGACCCUAUAAGUGUUCUGUCUGUAGGAAAAGCUACAAGGCAAAGAUUGCUCUAAUAUCCCACAGGAUAGACGGUGGUGGGAGCUCUCCCUGUGUCCUUCUGCAGCAAAGUGUAAAUGUGGAGGGUCUGGAUAGGAGUAGAAGGCAAGUGGAUGAUUUGGAUUUCGGUGGAGGAUGGUUGGUGUUGGCCAGGGAGGAAGGAACUCUUGGUACUGAGGAGCUGGUCGUUUUAUAGUCGGAGGGAGCAGGUGAUGGGAUGAGUUGGGUGACAUUUCUGUGGGUUCCACAUACACUUUAGAGUACAGAGAAGAGUUACAGUUUGUGUCAGACUCAUCUCUGCCUCUCGGGACAGAGGUGGGGGGAUGUUAUUCAGAGAAGCAGUGAAGGGGGCCUGUGGGUCUGUAGUUAUAAGGCAGUGAGAGCUGCUGGUCUGAAGUGACAGGAUUUCAGAGCAGUGCUCCGUGUACUGGCUAUCUCUGCAGGCAGUGAGGUGGGCUGGAGCCAGAUGAGGAGGUGAGACCUUUGGGAUAUUGCACUGUUACUAUGUGGGCAGUAUGGUGUAAGCAGGGGAUUAGGAAUCAGGACUCCUGGCUUCUGUUCUCCACUCUGGGUGGGGCACAGGGUCUAAUUACUUCUUGGGGAAUUCUGCACCCGAAAAUUAAAAAUUAUAUGCCAAAAAAAAUAAAAUUCUGUGGACAAUAGUUUAAAAUUCUGCACAUUUUAUUGGUCCAAAUAACAAUACAUAAUCAAGCCAGAUUCAAUUAUUUUAGUAAUUUAUUUAAAAAUACCUGUUAGCAAGUAUGUCUGUAGCAAUACAGACAUACACAAAAAUUCCCCCAGGAGUAGAGAGUUAAAGAAACUGCUAUGAUAACCCAGUUCCUGUUUCUCUGCCCAGUCAGGGGGCCAGACACCCACAACCCCUCUCCUCCAGAGCCCAGCUGUGCUCCCCCUCCCAGCCAAUACACCUGACUGCCCUACCUCUCAAGAGCCCAGCUGCAGAGCCCCCUAGCCCAGAUACCCAUACACCCUCCUCCCCAGAACCCAGCUGAAGGGUCCCCCCGGCCCAUAUACCCAUAUCCCUUCCCAUCCCCAGAGCCCAGGGAUAAGCCUGAGGCUGGGUCCCAGGCUUGUGUGGAGUUUCCUGCACUCCACCGCCUCAUUUCCUCAGGGCAUGCUGGGAAUUGCAGCUGCCAGGAAACCUCCAGCUCCCUCCUCCCACCACCCAGCAGUGUUGUCUAUGUGCGAGCUCAGCUUUACUGGGUCCAGCAGCCCCUAGGGGUGACCAGCAGCUCUGCAGCCCAUUUCUGUGGGGGAAAGGAAAUUCUGCGUGCACAUUAAUUUCUGCAAAAUUCUGUAUUGUGCAAUGGCGCAGAAUUCCCACAGCAGUAAAUUUAAUGGGUUAGAGUAGGAAGGACAGCUAUUAAACUGCAGUCCCGCAUUCCAUUCCCAGCUCUGCUAAUGGUUACAUUUGUGACCUUCUACCAGCAGCCCUUCUCCUUUCCUGGCUUUCCCUGGUGGGAGACUGUUUUAGUGAGCCAAAGGGAAAGUUUUAGCUGGAUUCCUUUGUCCCUGUCUCCAGGCAGAGGCUCUGUUCACGUUAUCACAUGCUGGAGUUAUUCCUGAAGGAACUGCCCUGGGAGGAUUUUUCUCCAUUUUCUGGAUGGUCUCAUGUUUCUGGAAAUGU